AUGGCAUACCUCGCCGACGAGAAUGCCAUGCGCAUCUGCGUCCGACCACGACCGUGGCACCCGGAGAAAGAGGCCCCGUUUCUUGCGCAGCAUGUCGACAUGCCCUUCUUCCUCGGAGAGGGCAACUUUGCUCAACCCAAGAAACCCCCCUCGACCGGCUCGCUGCGCGAGAUCGUCGAGGUCAUUGACAACCGUCAACUCGACUUUGACAAGCCUCCACCAGGCGGAGUGUCCAAGAGGGGAGAGGUCGGCGCCAAGCGUUACAAGAACCGGAGGUGGAUGGCCGCUUCCCAGGAGGAGGUGUACGAGAACACCGCCAAGCCUCUCCUCGAGGGUGUUCUGAAGGGCUUCAAUGCGACUGUGUUCGCCUACGGAAACGACCCGGGAAUCAUCGUUCGAACCAUGCGCGACCUGUUCAUGAUGAUUGAAGAGACCAAGGACCGGUUUGACACGCGUGUCGAGCUCUCCAUGGUCGAGAUCUACAACGAAACGAUCCGCGACCUUCUCAGCGACGGCUUCCCGGCGAUGCCAGUCCACGGUUUGAAACUCAUGGAGAACGAGAAGGAGCGAGUCACGAUUGCGAAUGUCACAAUCAAGGCGCCGACCACCGCCGACGAAGUCAUGGACCUCGUCAUGUUAGGAAACGAGCGCCGAAGCACCUCGUUCACCGCUGCCAACAGCCAGUCCUCACGAUCCCACGCCGUUCUUCAGAUCAACGUCACGCGCAGUGCGCGACGGGCCGACGUCGACUUUGAGCGAGAAGAGAUCAGCUUGGACACCAACUCUGCCACGUUGUCGAUCGUCGAUCUUGCCGGAAGUGAACGUGCGUCUGCGACGCACAACAUGGGUGCACGCAUGAAGGAGGGUGCGAAGAUCAACCAGUCCCUGCUCGCCCUCAGCAGUUGUAUCGGUGCCCUCUGUCUCGCCCAGCGUAGAGGUUCGCGGCCGCACGUGCCGUACCGCAACUCCAAACUCACCCGGCUUCUCAAGUUCUCGCUCGGAGGCAACUGCCGCACUGUCAUGAUCGUCUGUGUGUCGCCCAGCUCGCGCGACAUCGAGGACACGAGCAAUACACUGACGUGGGCGAACAAGGCAAAGGACGUCAAGACGACAGUCUCGCGUAACGUUGGCGGCCACCAGGUGUCGGCACGCCAAUACCUCGAGAAGAUCGCCGAAUACUCGGAGCGUAUCAAGCUGCUCGAGGCUCAGCUGGAGAAGCGCGAUGCCGAGUUAAACGGCGUGCGGAAGAAACAGCAGAACGAGGCGCAGCAGCGCAUUCGCGACGCCGUGCGCGUCAUCACGGAUCGCAUCGAGACCGACAUUGCCGCCAUCAAGGAUGGUGCCGAGCAUCGUGCGCUGUGGGACAUUGCCGACCUUGGCCUGACCUACAUGGGCAACCGCAAGGACGAGAUUGACGUUGACGAGGCUUCAGUCGAUCCGGAGGCGGAGAAGGCGCAGUGCCAGAAGGUCAUCAACCAGUAUAAGAAUGCCUACGUCGAGAACCGUUCCGUUCAGGCCAAGGUUCGCCGUGAGCACGAGCUGGCGACUGGCAUCGAAGCGCAGAUCCAGCAGACCGAAACGCGAACAUUCUCUGGCCUCGAUGACGUGAACAUUCGCAACCUGCAUCUUGAGCUUGCUGCCCAGCGCCACCGCAUCGCCGAGGCUGUGUCGGACGCCCGCCAGCGUGGCUACCGCACGUCCGCUGCUCGCUUGCAGGACAUUCUCGCGCGGUGCAUCAUCGCUCUGUCGCGUCAGGACACGAUGAUCCGCCGCAACAAGAACGAUGUCGGCGCUCUGAUGACCGCGACAGCGGCGCAGCAGUCCGACCUUCUUGCCCAGAUUGCGCGCCGCAUCACCGGCGCCGCCGAUGUCAGCAGCAAUGAGCUGCGAGCCAUUGUUGACUCGAUCGGCACUAUGGACAGCCUCCCUCCCCAAUCUCCAGCCAAGCCAGCGGUGCCUCCUGUUCUCGCUGCGCUCCGCUCCCCGGACAGCUCGUUCAGUAGUCUGUCGCCGGGCUCGCCUCGCGUCAAGCGCCUCUCGAAGGGCCACGUUGCGGGCAAGCUGAACUCUCCGCGCAAGUCAGCUCCUCGAGCGCUGCGGCGAUCGUCCCUCGGCCCGACGGCGAAACCGGCACGAACAGCGCGCUUUGCAGAUGAAAUGGACCUUGAGACUGUGCACCACUUCUCUCAGCACGGCAACGACACCUCCAAUAGCAUGGAGGUUCUCGACGACUCGGCCGAUUGGGAGGAGGUGGCGGAGACGGUGAAGCCGAUCCCGGCGAGCAGGCUGCGCGUUUGCUCGACGCCGGCACCAUUCACCGUCAGCGAAGAGGCGCCCGCUCCGCCCCCGCCAGCGCCUGCACUGGCUCUUGCACCCAUGCCCACCACCACAGCUAAACCUUCGCCAUCGCGGCCCCCGUCCUCUGCAUCUAACCACGAGCCCAAGGCGUCGCCGAUGUCUGAGUCGAUCCCGGAGUGGAAGAAGAACCGUAUGCUUCUCGGCAAGUCCUCCAUGAGCAACUUGAACGGUGGCGGAGCGCCAUCAUCCCCCAACACAUCUGUACAGGACGGUUCACCGAUGAACCGCUCCAUGGCUGGUUUAGGCUUAGGCCGCCCCGUGCGACGCCCUGGUGCGCCUCUCGGCGAGCUGAAGCAGUUACCCAGCUUGCGAGCAUCGGUGUCGUCGCGGCUCAUGGAGCCAACCGCAUCGUCCGCGGCCCGUAACAAGGGAGCUACGGAGACGCCGUCCCCCGCCCCCGUUCCGGAAAGCAGGCGCAUGAGCAUGAGCGUGCGCAACGAGCGGAAGAAGCUGCACAAGGCAGCUCCGUACGGGCGCAAGGUCAGCCUGAUCCCCUCCCCUGUCCAUUCGCCCGGCACGUCGCCGCGCGGCUCGCUCACGGGCAACAACAAGAAGAGCCCGCCCAAGAGCAAGACGGCAAUGACGCUCAGCCUCGGUCCCGGUGCCGCUACCGCCGGCCUGAGGAAGAGGCCGAGCAUGGUCCUCGGCGCGAGCCAGAUUGGAAACACGUCCCUCCCGCCCUGGAAGUAG